AUGGAAGAAUUCAAUUUAAUUCCACCAAACCUGACCCCAGCUUUCGUUAACUCAAACGCGCAACUCAAGAGAUUGCAAAAUGACCUCCUCAUCCUCACCAGCUUCCCCGACAACAGCACUCUCCGCUGGCGCCCAUCUUGGUUCCUACAAGACGACUUCGCACAGAAGUAUUGGACUAUUCACAACCCUCCAAAUGUCGUCACCGAGUACCUUCCUCAUGAUAAAUUACGCCAGGCAGUCAUGACGCGCCGCAUGAGGCGGGACGACGACCCACCGCCGCGAUUCAUCAAGAACCUGGAGCACUGGAAGCGAUAUUGCGAGAUGUACGGGAUCCCAGAGGACUUCUUGUGUGAGGCACAAAUACAGCUGAUGAGACUGGGAUUGCCAACCAAUAAGAAUGGGUCCCUUGAUUCACCACCGUCCUGGCCCCUCUAUCCAGAACCACAACCCCUCGGUCAAGGACGCUAUCUACUUGAUCCUACCAGUCACGAAAACCUCCCGCGCAAAUUCGAAAAGAUCGAUGAUGAGCAAACGAUCGUCGUGCACUCGUCUGGCGCGCUGGAGGUCGCGAAAACUUUCCCAUUCCACUUUCGUUCAAGCCCGUGCGCCCAUUUUAAUGGCAAAGGAGAUUUUAUCAAUAACUGGUGGUAUGAGCCCGUCCAAAAUCCCAAGUUCCAGGGAAAGGGGAGGAAGUGGGCGUAUCUUCCGUGGACGGAGACGAUGGAAGAGACCUGUCGGCCUUUCAAGAUCAAAUUGAGAAAGGUAGGGGAAGAUGUGGAGGUGAGAGGGGACGUAGGCGGAGAGUUGUAG